AUGUUCGAAAUCAAGUUUAGAAUACCCAUACCCGUUCAAGAUGGCAAUCAAUUGUGUUGUUCAAAGUUUGCACCUAAUGGUAAAAGUAUAGCUAUUGGUAUAGGUGAUCACGUAUUAGUAUACGAUUUAGAAACCCCACCAUUACCACCAAGAAUUGUACUUACUCAACACUCUAAACCCAUAUCUGAAAUCUGUUGGUCUCCAGAUGGCCAAUGCAUUGCAACCGCAAGUGACGACUUUACUGUUGGCAUCACUCAUCUUUCAUACGGACCCUUGCAUCGAUUGGUAAGUCAUACAGCUCCUGUGGUAUCAUUAGCUUUUAAUCCUAAGGGUAAUCUACUAUGUUCAUCCUCUAUGGAUGAAAGUAUAAAGAUUUGGGAUGUUUUGAAUGGGUCUCUAAUGAGGACUAUAGCAGCUCAUUCUGAAUCUGUGGUCUCUGUAGAUAUUCCGCAGUUAGACUCUACCAUAUUAAGUUCAGGAUCUUAUGACGGAUUGAUUCGUGUAUUCGAUAUGGCAUCAGGUCAUUGUUUGAAAACCCUGACUUACGAUAAAGAUUGGCAGAGUGAAACUGGUGUGGUACCAAUUUCUCAAGUUAAAUUCUCACAAAAUGCUAGAUAUCUUUUGGUUAAAUCACUAGAUGGGAUCGUCAAGAUUUGGGACUGCAUUAGAGGUGAUGUUGUUCGUACUUUCAAGAUUGAACCUUCCCAGGAGAGACAGUUACAAAGAUCCUGCGGUAUGGAUUUCUUAUAUCCAUCAGACGGAUCUGCUCCAAUAGUCGUUAGUGGAUAUGAGGAUGGUAAGAUUUACUGUUGGAAUUCUGCCACUAAGAAACUUUUACAAUUGAUUGAUGGUGAAACGCAUAGCGGUAAUCCUGUAAUGAGCAUUCACUGUUAUGGAGAAACCAUGUGCUCCCUAUCGCUCAAUGGGGAUUGCUAUGCAUGGAAAUGGACAUGUAAAUAG